AUGGGCGAAACAGGGUACUGGGGCAGCGUCUGGUCGUCCUCCAACUGCUCUGCACUAACUGGAGUGUUUGCUUGGUAUUCCACCGCAGAGGCCGGCUCCAUGGUCGUAUCGAGUUUCGGCGGUGGCUUACGUGCGAGCUUGUUCCUGGACUCGUUGGGAUCGACGUCCAGCGACCCCGCCGUGGACGAUCCAGCCAGCUGCGACAGAGACGAGUACGAGUUGGAAUUGCUGAUGGAUCCGCCAUUGGCAAUUUUCGGAGGAGAGAGCAGCUUGAGCUCCUCUUUCAAAGAAGAGUUUAGACUAUGCACGGAGGAUCUUGCAGACCGGUUAGGCGACGAGUUGUACGGACUGCGGGACAGGGGGUCCAGAUGGAGGUCUGCGGACAGCGCUGUCGGGGCCUGUGCGGCGAAAUUUGGAGAUCGCAACGGCUGA